AAAAGAUCUUGCAGAAACAUGAAAAAAAAUUGUUUGAAGUGAAUCUUCCUUGAGCUUUUAUAAUUUGAGUUGGAUCAAACAAUGAAUGCCAGAGUCUAUACAAAAAAAACGAAUCAGUCUCUUAAUAAAAAAAAAAGCCAUACAUUUAUUGCAAAUCUAGAAGUACCAGAAUGUCACAAAUACAGAACAAAUCAGCAAUCCUGUUUUAAUUUUCUUCCAAACAUUUAAAACCUGAUUAUUGACAUACUUAAAUUGGCAUACAUUUUUUUUUUCAUGCAGUUAACAGAACGGACUUAGAGCCGGUUGCUCAGAAAUCAGUUAUAAAUAUUAAAUUGUAUUGAACAUUCAUAGUAAAAAAUGUUGUAAAGUGCUGAAGUCAUGUAAGUUUGCAAGACUGCCACAAGCUCAAAGUCCUUCUCAAGCAGUGACAGAGAUUUGCUACAUCCACCUUGAUUUAGGUGUGUCUGCGAUAGACACUUUGUCAUCUUCUCCCCGCCCUCGAGAGUUUUCCAGAUUGUCCUAUUUUUAUGGCUGAUAAAAUGCUAUACAAAAUGUAGCAGGUGGUGAUGCGCUAUGCCACUUUCAUUUCAGUGCAGAGAAAUAUUCAAGCUUGUGUGUACCUGUAACCAAACUAGGCUUGUUACAUUUUUUCCCCCUGAGUUGUCAUAAAUUAACAGUAAAGAUGAGUAAAAGAUGGAGCAGUGAGCGACCGUCACCUGGAGAGUGAGAUUCAGUACGUGUAAGUAAGUAGCCACACUUGCCCUCUUUACAGAAAAAUGAGAAAAUGAGAAAUACUUAAACAUGUAGUGUAAUUCCAAAAACAAAACAACAAAAAAACCCAACCAACAGUGAGCAGUUACCUAAUAACUGGCAACUAGAGCAAUCAAGGUUUAUAUAAGAUGUAAAUUGCAACUUCUUAACUCAUGAUGGUAAAAACACACGUCUCUGCUACCCCAUGUGAAAUACAGAAAUGCUUCAACAGUUAGCAGUUACAAAAAGAAAAAAACUCAGAAAUUCUUCAACAAUUCACUGAAAUAUAAUUCCGAUCAAAGGAGAUCCUCAAGUAUUCGUAGGUGAUAAAACAGAUUGUUUUAAAAAGCUAAGGCGAUUAUUUUCUUCCCCUUCAAACAGCACAGGUGGCCUUUGACCAAACCGAAAAAUCAUUACAACCUGACCCUCUUAGGAGAGUGACUUUACAAGAUAAGAAGUAUUCUUUGAGGCAUUGAAAGGAUUGCAAAAAGGAGGAAACCUUGCAGAAACAUGAAGCCGUCAACCAUCUGGAACUGAGAAACUCACUCGAGGCUGACUGCGGCUUCUAGAACAUCCAGGUGUUCUGCAGAUGGGAGAAUCGAUCUUGCACUCACCAGCUGGAGUCCCGAACACAGACGCACGGCUCUGGAUCCGGCGCUGACAUCCCCGAGUCCAGACGGGUCUUUUGCUAAGUGGCCAAAGAGCCGUUGUUGACACUGAGGGCUGACGGUCACACACAACCCGUCCCUCCCUCGGAGCUGCAGGGGGACAAACCACAUUCAGGGUUGCAAGUUUCCUGACUCUCUUGAAUGAGGAUUCCAGGUGGGGGGCUCAUUUCUGUAAGCCCACCACCCUUCUAGGGACCACCCCAAACAGGACCUCCACCACCGGUAUCUUCUUGCCAACUCCCUGCCCUGAGCGGGAGCAGGAGAAAGCUCUCGGAAAAAUCUCUAGCUGUGGCCCACGGUCACUCCAGACAACUAUUACCCUCCCAUCACCCCACCAUGGGCUGGCUUUUUCUAAAGGUUCUGCUUGUGGGGGUGACUUUCUUGGGAGGCCUGUAUCCCUUUGUGGAUUUUUCCUACAAUGGGGACACAAGAGGCCAGAAGCCGAAUUUCGUGAUCAUUUUGGCAGAUGACAUGGGGUGGGGGGACCUGGGGGCGAACUGGGCAGAAACAAAGGACACUGUCCACCUGGAUCAGAUGGCUGCUGAAGGAAUGAGGUUUGUGGAUUUCCACGCAGCUGCCUCCACCUGCUCGCCCUCUCGGGCCUCCCUGCUCACCGGCCGGCUUGGCCUCCGCAACGGAGUCACGCACAACUUUGCGGUCACCUCUGUGGGGGGUCUGCCGCUCAAUGAGACCACCUUGGCGGAGGUGCUGCAGCAAGCUGGCUACGUCACUGGGAUGAUAGGCAAAUGGCAUCUCGGACACCAUGGCUCUUAUCACCCCAACUUCCGUGGUUUUGAUUACUACUUUGGAAUCCCAUACAGCCAUGAUAUGGGCUGCACGGACACCCCAGGCUAUAACCACCCUCCUUGUCCAGCGUGUCCACGGGACGAUAGAGCAGCAAGGAACCUUGAGAGGGACUGUUACACUGAUGUGGCCCUUCCUCUCUAUGAAAACCUCAACAUCGUGGAGCAGCCCGUGAACCUGAGCAGCCUGGCGCAGAGGUACGCCGAGAAAGCUACCCAGUUCAUCCAGCAUGCAAGCGCCAGCGGAAGGCCCUUCCUGCUGUACAUGGGCCUGGCCCACAUGCACGUGCCCUUAUCCAGAACACAGCUCUCAGCAGACUCACAAGGCCAGAGGCCAUAUGGCGCGGGUCUCCGGGAGAUGGACAGCCUGGUGGGCCAGAUCAAGGACAAAGUUGACCACACAGCGAAAGAAAACACAUUCCUCUGGUUUACAGGAGACAACGGCCCGUGGGCGCAGAAGUGUGAGCUGGCAGGUAGCGUGGGUCCCUUCACUGGAUCGUGGCAAGUUCAUCAAGGGGGAAGUCCGGCCAAGCAGACCACCUGGGAAGGAGGGCACCGGGUCCCCGCUCUGGCUUACUGGCCCGGCACAGUCCCUGCCAAUGUUACCAGCACCGCCUUGUUAAGUGUGCUGGACAUCUUCCCCACUGUGGUAGCUCUGGCCGGGGCCAGCCUGCCCAAGGACCGGCACUUUGAUGGUUUGGAUGCCUCCGAGGUGCUCUUUGGCUGGUUGCAGACUGGGCAUAGGGUACUUUUCCAUCCCAACAGUGGGGCGGCUGGAGAGUACGGAGCCCUUCAGACGGUCCGCCUGGGGCGCUACAAGGCCUUCUACAUCAGCGGCGGAGCCAGAGCCUGUGAUGGGGCCGUGGGGCCCGCGCAGCGUCAUGAGCCGCCUGUGAUCUUUAACCUGGAAGACGAUGCUGGGGAAGCUGUGCCUCUAGACAGAGACGGUGCGGAAUACCAGGGCGUACUGCCCGCGGUCAGAGAGGUCCUCGCAGAUGUCCUCCUAGACAUUGCUGGUGACAACACCUCCAGAGCAGAUUACACUCGCGAUCCUUCCGUGACCCCCUGCUGCAGUCCCCACCACGUCGCCUGCCGUUGCCAGAGCGCCAGAUUGCCCACCAGACCGAUCUCCCCGCAGGCAGAAGGUGUUAGGAAGCGACAGGUGUUAGUUCCAGCUCCAGAUGCUGUAAAACUAAGUCUCUGA